AUGUCCUCCGAACAGCAGAUGAAAACCGAGUCUGAGCAGCGUGGCGAGAGUAUUGGCUCCCGCCUGACCAAGAAGCUCAGCAAGAAACUGUCAGGCGGUGGCGGCGCAAAGGAGACCGCUAGAGAGAGCGCCACUGCCAGCACAAGCAAAGACACUGGCGGAGAAGGUAGUAUGGGCCAGCAAGUCCUAGAAAAGACCGAGCAAACUACGGGCGAAGCUACGGGCGAAGCUACCCAGGCAAACUCCGGCAGUGUCAAGGACAUUGCCGGUGAAGGAGAAAAUACCAAGAACGCCAUGGGACAGGGAGAUGCCAAGGGCGCCGUCGCCGGGAUUGGCUUGACCGGAAAAAAUGUCAAUAAGAAACACGCGGAAGAAGUCGGCAGACGACUAUUCGGGUACAAGCCCAGCAUAAGUCACGGUGUGCCUGAAUUUAAUGACGAUAUCAAAAGAGGGCCUAUCACGCAGGGCCCAGUCCAGCGAAAUACCGGGCAGACUACAACAAGCGCAACUGAACCUGGUAUGGGAGCUGGAAGCAGUGCUCAGGGUGGAAUGAACAUGGGCCAGACUGGAUCAGUCCAAGAGACUACUACUCAAAGUCAAACCCAGCGAGAGCUGAAAACAGCACAAGAGAAAAUUAGCUCCAGUCAGAAAGGAACUAGUCAGCCCUUGACAGACUUGAAGUCAUCUUCAUCUGAACUGGGCAAAGACCGAGAAGGACCUGCUUCGAUCCAGAAAGGAACUCAUCAAGCCCAAACUGGCGUGGGCUCCUCCCAGUCUGGACUUGGCAGUCAAGAAACAGCUUUUCCAAGCCAGAAGGAAAGAGGAUUGGGCCAGGUUCAGAAAGGCAUGGGCCAGGCUCAAUCUGGACUUGAUCAAGGUCAGACUGGCUUGAACCAGGCGCAGUCAGGAUUAGGUCAAAGUGAAGGUCUCAGCAAAGGCCAGGACGGUCUCAGUAAAGCCCAGUCCGGAAUGGAUCAGGUGCAGAAAGGCUUGAGUCAGGGACAGGCUGGGCUUAAAAAAGGCCAAGCUGCCCUUGGUGGUAAAGGCCAAAAGGAGCUCAGUCAAGGCCAGGACGUGCUCGGUAAAGGACAGACUGGACUCGAGACCGGCCAAGCCACCUUGAAUAAAGGAAUGUCUGGCAAGGAUAUCGUUGCUGGUGGCAAGUCGGGCGGCGAGGAUUCCUUUGACCAGGAGCUCCACGACCAAGCCGCUAUUAGCGACGAUGUGUUCGGUGGAGGAGAGGCUGGGAAAGCUUCCCCGAAGUCUGCAUCUAAAUCCUCUUCCAUGGGCGGUACUCGAGGACUGUUUAGCCGGGUCACUAGUCAAGGAAAAUCCGGCAAGAGCAAUAUGGGCAAAGAAAAAUCAGAAAAGGCCCCUUCCAAAGGGAUUCAAACUGGCCCGACCAUGGGCGGGGGAGGUAUGAUGGCUGCUGGAAUGGGCCAGUCUAGUAUGAGCCAGCCUGGUAUGAAUCAAUCUGGUAUGAAUCAAUCUGGUAUUGACCAGUCUGGUAUGAGCCAUGGUCGCAUGGAGAAGAGCAGCCUCGACAAGAACGGCACGCAUCGCGCAAUCAUGAUCGAUGACUCCUCUGGAGCCACAGGCCCGUCUAAAGGAAAGUCGAGCUCCAGUGGUAUGGCCAUGGGAGGAGCUGCGAUGGCUGGCACUGGUGCAGCUGGAGUAUCCGGAAUGAGAAGUCAAGGAGGAAGGAUGGGCACAGUCAAGGCCCAAGAUGCAAGUGACAUGACUUCUUCCAGCUCCACUCGGGCCGUUCGAGGCCUUUCCAUCAGCAACUACAACAUCACCGUGUUACAGGACCGAGUUCAAGCAGUCUCUCAAAAGUGCAAGACUCAGCUCGGCAUGUCAGCCGGCGAGAUUAGCCAGCGCAGCCCAACAGUGGAUGCAUUCUUUGAUGCCGUGGCAGCAGAGCGUCUCCGCUGGAUGCCUCGAGAUGGGAGCCGACUCGAUUGUUCUCUACGGUGGGCCUCCAGACUCGCUUAUGCGGUCGAUGCUCUUCGGAUGUCCAUUGGGUCUUUUGCUCCAGGGGCCAAUGAAGCUGCUCAGCUCAUUUGGGGCUUUGAGAUCAUGUUAUUGGAGUCCGACAUGGACAACACGGACAUGUUUGAAAGCAUUUUCGGUCGAUACGGCCGCGUUGCCGUGGGAAUCCACUUGCUCCUCCAGUAUGAGAAUGCGUUCAGGACGUCUCCAGACCUUCAGCCCGAAGCCGCGGCCGUCUAUGCUAACCUGCUGGAAAUGAUCUGUGGCACUACUACAAGCUGUAUCGAAGGCUUCAAGAGCAAAGAAUCAGACCAGAUCACCGGGCGCAAUGUCGAUGCAGCCUUUGUCACGUAUGCUCGACGUUAUUCCACCCACUGGAAUGCCGUCGUGGAGUCUGCUACUUCCAAGCUUGUGAAGUCAAGUUCGUUGAUCUACUCCAGCCCUGAGCUCGGCAGUCUCCGCCAGUUCCUCGGAGUACAAGACCGCCCUCUUCAGUUUAUUCUGGAUUCACGUACCCACUCCCUAGCAGAAGGCUCGUUCGAGUGGUUCAACAAUACUCUAUAUGAUUUCAGCGUUGGUAAGUCGCCAAUGAUGCUGGUGACAGGUGGCGCUGGAUCUGGAAAGAGUGCGUUGGCCCAGUGGACAGUAGAACGUCUUCAGGAAUCGACAGAUCAUGACAAUUGGAACGUUAUCCCAUACACAAUUCGUGCCGACAUUCCUGUCGCGACACUGCCUCUGCGAAUUUUGAAAGGCAUUCUUCACCAGAUGUUAGAUCACUGCGUCAGUGAUAAACACACCCAGGAAGCUAUUUUGGUUCAGGUAGCCAAGGCAGCCCAGGGUGCUCUGGAUGGCUCCGGCGACACCGAAGUCGAAGAGUGUCUCUGGAGAGGUAUUCGGACGGGCUUGGCCUCAAAUAUCCAAUACAUGUUCGUAGUUGACGGACUUGAUCAAAUCAAGGGCGGUGACAUUGAUGCCAUUGCCAUUCUUGAUCAUUUCAGUGAAAUCUUGUCUGAGCAGAAUGCCGGGUCGAAGAUGAUUGCAUUCACCCGACCACUCAGCUCGAAGACUUGGUCUCAGAAUAUUGAGCUGUUUACCAUUCAGACUUCACAGACUCGAACAGAUCUAUCUGCCUAUGUUCACAAAAUGCUGUCAUCUGGAUUACUUCUAGACAGCCUGAAAGAUAAUCAGAUGGAGGCUGCUGUCGCCGCUAUUGUCAACCGCUCCCAGGGCUCAUUCAGCUGGGCUGAAAUGGCAGUUGCAUAUGCCCAGCAGCAACGAACAUUGGGACAGGCAGUCUCGUCUGUGCAGAGUCUGCCACAAUCCAUGCCCGAAUUGCUCGACUUCCACACAAAAAAUCUGGAUCUGAGUCAGCAUGACACGCGCUGCAUCAUGUCCUGGCUGGCGGCCUCGGAAAGACCUCUCUUGGUUGAGGAAAUUGAACAUCUCCUGCGAGUCAAUCCCAAAGGUCUUUCCUUUAAGUCUCGCAUGAUAAGCCCUGAAAGUGAAUGGCCACAUUCGCUGAGCCCGAUCGUCAUGACCCGUGACGGUGUAGUCUCCUUUGCACAUACCUGUAUUCGGGACCAUGUCAUCAAGCAGGCCAAGUCUGCGAGCGCAAAGUCUCCGUUCAGUCUCAAGGAUGCUCACUAUGAUCUUCUAACCAGGUGCUUGGCCUGGGUACAGCUGAGUGUCCGCGAAGAGACAGAAAUCUCAAUGGACAAGCUUGACAUGGAAGAUCGCAACCGCCUCUUCGACAAGUACGUCAUUCUGGAGUACACCGCACGGUACUGGCUCUCGCACUUGCUGUCCUCACCACUAGUUUCCGACGAAGGGGAAUUCCAAUUUGAUGCAACCUUCAAGGAGCUGCUCCCAGCCAGUAUACUCUUUGCUCGCCUCGAGUUGACAUGCAAGGAGUCACAGUUCACACGAUCCAGCGUGGUGGAACUGUACCGCCUGGCAACCGAUAUUCGCCGCCUUAUCCUCGGUGACAAAUCCAUGGCACUUCUUCAGAGUCUUCUCCUCAGUGCUCGUGUAUCCAAACUUGCUCAUGCCAGUCAUGCCGAUGAGCACUGCUAUGAGGCUUGGAAAAUAAGCCAAGAGCUGCUGGGCCAAUCUGACAGCAUCACAUUAACUUGCGCUGAAAUGAUGACCCAAUCAUUUGCUGAUCGUGGCACCAUGACCUCUCAGCAGGAAGAUAUCAUGAAAUAUUUGAUCCUGACUGACUCUGAAAUCACUGGCGUGGAGUUUAAUCAGCGGCUGAAGUACCUUGGCGUAAUUGUGGGCAUGUACAAGUCUCGCGGUGACAACAACUCGGCCCUCCUCAUUUCGAAGCAAUUCUACCAACAGAUCCUGCAAAAGUAUGGAACUAAUUCAAGGCAAUCUUCUGAGGCUGCAGACUUCUUGACUGAUCAAUUCUCGACUACUGGGAGUGAGGAGAUGAGCCGGGAUAUUGCACGAACAAAGUAUGACAAUGUUGUUCGCACCAUGGAAGUCACAGAUGAACGCCGUAUCAAGUACUCCUUAUACAUGGCCCAGCUGUAUGAGCAACAAGGGGAUAACCUUCAAGCUCAAUCAAUACUGUCCACUUUAUGGGCUGGGCUUAACUCUCGUGAUAUUGACUCCGUCGAUAUGAUGGACAAGAAGGCCAACGUCGCUCUUAUCUACUACCAGUUCCUCCGCCGACAAGGCCGCAACGAUGAAGCUGAGAUUAUUAUCCGUGAGCUUGUUGCUGAUCUCGAGGUGACUGGCAUUCAUUCACCGGAAAUAAUGCAGCGUGUACAACUACUGCGUGCAGAAACCCGAAAGAUGCAGAUGUACAACCUCGACCGGUCGCUUUCAAUCUUAACGUGGCGCUACUACAAGGAAACCAAUCAGGAGUACACUACCGAAGGUAGAGCACUAGCUCUAUCAUUGGCUGAGAGUAUGGCGAACACUAUUUCAAUUGAAGACAGUGCUGGUCUCUCUGGAAGAGACCGCAGGCUGAUGGUCGAGCUUCUGGAUUCUAUCACUUCGUCUCCCAGCAAUCUCUCCGUGUCUACAUUGAUUCUGUGUCACAAUCUUUCCAGUGUCUAUGUGCGUGAAGAGGAUUGGACCUCCGCUAGCGAGUGCUCAAAGGCUGUUCUGCAGCAUGUCUGGCCUAAUGUCGAACAAGCUAGUUCUCACAGGAAGUUCUCGACGGAACUGGGCCCUCCAGUGGCUGAUCUUGCCUUGAUAUUGGCUUACUGCCAUUUCCGCAAGCUGCAUCUAGAGCAAGCUACAAUAGUCUACGAGAAUGCUUUUGGCUCACUGGUCCUGUCAGACAAGGUUCCCGUGGCUUCCGUUUUAGCUGUAGCUAAAGCUGUCGUUGAAUUCUACGAGACCACAUUCCAAUUCACCAAAGCACUCAUUCUGCUUCACGCUGUCAGUAACUUCCUGACAUCUCGGCUCGGGGAGACACACAAGCACACUAUUGAGAACAUGUAUCUCGAAGCUGCGCUUGCCACCCGCUUGGAAAUGAAUCAUGAGGCCAAGAACACCUACCAACGCAUCUACAAGAGCACUGUUAGCGGCAACACCAUUGCCCCUGAAGGGUUCGAGGCUGCUCUUGCCUUGAUUGCUCUAUAUGAAAAGGAAAUGCAGUGGAAUUCUGCCCUGGACAUCUACCAACACAUGUGGCCUACUCUUGUCGUUCAAGACAAUAUGCAUGAUUAUGACCGCAUGCAAGUAGAGCGGCUAUUGGAAAAGACCUACCUGGGCUAUAUGACCAUUUUGACAUCGCAUUCGCAGAGCACCGACUUCUCUGAGAGAUAUCAGGUCUCUUCCGAGUAUGUGACCACUUGUCGCAAUGUGUACGGUCCCACCCAUCAGAAGACGCUCAGUGCUAUCUUGCUUUUCGCCGAACUGUGUGAGACUAGUGAUUCAUACACCGAUCAGGCAAUCUCAUUGUAUAAGAAGCCCUUGCAGACCCAGGAAUGGGUUCCUACCUCUCAAUCAUCCAAGGGUUUGGACCAGAUGACCCAGCCCUUGCCUAUCACCCUAAAACACAAGCUGGCACAGCUAUUUGUGCGAAAGCGUGAUUCGACAAGCGAGGCUAGGACCUUGUAUACAGAGGAGUUCCAGUUGGCUAAGAAGACUCAAGGCUACUUCUCUACCACGACAUUGUCCUGGCUUCGAGAGCUGGCUCUUGCACACUCUCGCCAAGGUACUCCGACGUCCGUUCAGCAGGGUAAUGCCCUUCUCCACACAUACGUCACGGAUGUGCUCCAUGCUGGCGGUGACCCCGACAUGAUGGCCGACUGGGCGCGUAAGAUUGCUGCCAUCUUUUUGGAGUGCGGCUUCAUUGAAGGCGGCAACAACGUUCUGGAUGAGCUUCGCCAGCGUGUUGUAUAUGGCUCUGACACAUCUGCCAUGGCCCUUGGUGAUCGCCGUGAUGCCGUCUUUGUCGCGGCAUUCGAAGAGGUAUUUGGUCGUCGUGCCACUUCAGAUCAGAUCAUGAGCGAGAUGGCUCGUGAGAUGCAGACCCAACAGGCAUUCUCCAAAAAUCUGUCUGGCCACGACUUUAUUCCCACCUUGAUCUCCGGGGAUCGCCUGGCCCGACUGCAGGUAAACCAGAAGCGCACUCGCGCUGCUGUGGAUACUCGUAGCAAGCUCUACGAGUACUUCUGUGCAACUUUGUCUGCCACAAGUAUCUCUGACCGCGAUGUCGUGAAACAAUUCUACCAGAUCUGUCUGCGGGAAGUCCACAACGAGAACUACAACAUGAGUAUUCUGACCACCACAUCCAAUCUCGUCCGUGACCUAUGCAAUUCUUCACGCUUCCAGGACGCCAGUGACCUGACAGGCGUGUUGCACUCAUUCCUCCAUUUGACGGACGGUCUGAACAACUACGACAGCAUCAUCACUGCAACCAAGUUGUGCCUCUACCUGAGCGGACACCAUGCCAAGAAGUGCGAGAACAAGGCUCAGUUCACUGAGAUGUCUGUCAAAUCCAAGCUGCUCCUCCAAGAGCUCAUGGCCUCCUCCAAGGCAAUCGGCAUCGAGAUUGUCGACCUGCCUUUCACGGAGUUGAACGACAUCAUCACCCUGUUGGGCGAGUACGAGAUGUUCGAUGACCUAGAAACCAUCCUCACUCAGCUAUGGACAUCCCGCAUCGUCCAGCGCACCUGGACGCCGGACGUAGUCGUCUGGAUUGGCCGCCGCCUCGUCGAGACGCGCUUCUGCCGUGGCAAGUUCGACGCCGCCAUCCAGCUGUGCCGCGACAUCUGCUACAACCUGCGCCAAGUCUGGGGUAAUUGUGACCCGGUAACGCUGGAAAUGACCAAGCUUCUGUCAAGCCUGUUCACAGCUUCGAACGACCACCAGUCCGCUGCGACGCUGCACGAAGGCGCCCUGCACGACCUGCUUAGCGACUCUGACGCAAACACCCACCCGCGCGGAGCGGACACGGCGUCACAGCAUAUGGAGCUGAUGCGUCGUGCACAGGCGCGUCUGGGUACCAGCAAGAGCUCCUCAGCGAGGACGUCUGCACACGCUGAUCUUGUUGCGCAGGUGACUGACCGAUUUGGGCUGCAGUCAGAGCAGAUUGAGGGUGUAGGUGCGGCGAAUGGCGGCGAGCAGUUUGGUAUGUGGUCUCGGCCACGACGGUUUAGUAUUGAGAUCGAAGAUCUGGAUGAUCAGGGACAGAUGCAUCAUAAUCAUCUGCGAGAGUCGAGUGGAGCUGAAAUGACGACCGGAAGCGGUGCGCCGAGACGAAUUUCGGUGCAGGCACUGUGA